UGCCUGCCUCACAUUUAACUAGUUUGCUUGUAGGGAAGCUCAUGGGGGAACUUGUUGAAGGCCUUACUAAAAACCAAGAUAUGCUCCAUUCACAGCAUUCCCAAAUAUACGCUAAGAUUGUAAAAAAAAAGGUAAAAGUUUUCCGCUGACGUUAAGUCCAGUCAUGUCUGACUCUGGGGGUUGGUGCCCAUCUCCAUUUCUAGGCCGAAGAGCCGGCGUUGUCGCUAGACACCUCCAAGGUCAUGUGGUCGGUAUGACUGCAUGGAACGCUGUUACCUUCCCGCCGGAGCGGCACCUAUUGAUCUACUCACAUUGGCGUGUUUUCGAACUGCUAGGUUGGCAGAAUAUAGCAUUUGUUGAUAUGUCUAUUUUCACCCGGUCUAUAUAAAUCAUAUGUGAUAUCUUAUAAAGAGCACUGUAUUAGACCAUUUUCCUUUUAUCUUUUUAAGAAAACUUGAAGCUGAGCCAACAAUACAAAUAUUCAAAACAUUGCCGCUUACCAGAUGAAGGGUUAACUGAAACUGGAGUAAACCUGGGAACCAGUAGUAAACGGCUUAUGUAAACAGCUUACUUCGGCUCACAGCCAGCCACUUUAAAAUAACAACUAUUUGACCGGGCUUCCUGGCUGGGAACUGUAAAUGACUGCAACAUUUGUACAAACUGAAGCUGGAAUCAAUUGGGGUAAACUGUGGAAGUGAUGCAGAUAUUUGAUCUGAACGGGAUCUUGUUAACAGCUUGUUUAUUUUAACUUCUUUUGUAUUGCGGGUUGUAUGUUGUAUGUAUGUCUAUGUGUUAAAUGUUUUGAUACGGCCGAUGGGCUAAUCAAUAAAAUGUGAUUUUGAUAUUAUUUUUUUUGGUAUAUGUGUGUGGCUUUCAACUGCAUAAAUGUUUUCUCCUAUAUUUUGUUCAUUUUUCAUUCCAAAACGUAAUCUACUUUCUGGAUAACCCUCAUAUUUGAAUAUGUACAAAGGUUUUCCCUGAAUUUGUCCGUGAUAAUGUCUCCCAUCAUGACACCAAAACAUUGGAGGUGAGAGUUAUUCCAGUCUACUGAGCCCACAAUAUACCCAGAUGUUCUUUUGCUCCAUUAGUUUCUCUGUUUCUCCAUUAUGUCACAAGUGUAGCUGUGUUCCUACAAACAAACAACAUUUUAGGCCACUGAAAAUUGCUCAACCGAAAUCAAGAACACAAAGAUCUUCUGGGCACAGCCUGGUCCAAAAGUGAGACAUAGUGUUCAAGUGAGCGUCCUUAGAGGUACAUCCUCAAAGUAGGGUGUGCUUGUGAUGUUCUGAAGAGUCCUACCAUUUCCCAGAAUUGUAAAUCUCGACAAGAGUUUCCUUCUUCGCAGGGCUGUUGGAAAAGGGAACACAUUCAUGGGUUUUAUUAUGUGAUAAUUGAUCACAAGCCCAGGCUCUUGGGAGGAGCCUCCUUAUGUAACCCUCACAUGCUUUGACUUUUGAAAUAGUGUGAAUCAAAGCAUAUGGCAGCCAUUGCCAAAACUAUAAAAUUAUGAAACGGUAUAUAUAAAAGGAUGAACCCAUGACAGUGGCAAACCUGAUGAGCCAAAGUCCACUUGAUGUUUUGCGGGCUCCAAGGCACCAUGGAAGGGGAUUUCACGGGGAAAGAGAUGUACCAUCUGAAUUUUGAUCCCAAAGGUUAUUUCAACAUGUACAAGAGCUUCGGCCUGAGCGUCUCUCCAGGAAAUGAUGAGCGGCUGCGCUUCAUUCUGGAGCGUCUCCACAAGACAUUUGCACUUGAUGGCAUCCGAGGAGACACCCUGAUCGACAUCGGGAGCGGUCCCUCCAUCUACCAGCUCCUCUCGGCCUGUGAAUCCUUCAAGGAAAUCAUCGCCAGUGAUCUGCUUGAGAAGAACCGGGAGGAGAUGCAGAAGUGGCUGAAGAAGGAUCCAGAGGCAUUCGACUGGACCCCCAUGGUGAAAUAUGUCUGCCAGCUGGAGGGGGACAGGGAGACGUGGCCGGAAAAGCAAGAGAAGCUCAGGAGGACCGUCAAGCAAGUCCUGAAAUGCGACGUGACUUUGGCCAACCCUUUCCAUCCUUUGGUGGUCCCUCCGGCCGACUGCGUCCUCUCCAGUUGCUGCCUGGAAGGAGCUUCCAAAGAUUUUCCUGCUUAUCGGUCAGCCCUGAAGAACGUGGCCUCCCUGGUCAAACCUGGAGGCCACCUGAUCUUAGUGAUUCCACUUGAAGCCACCUACUACAUGGCUGGGCAAAGCAAGUUCUCCGACUGUUUUGUGAAGCCAGAGAUGGUUAAAGUGGCUGUGAAAGAGGUUGGUUUUGAUAUUGUAUGCUUUGAGAACCUCAACGUGGAUUUUCCAGUGGCACUGAGUGAUGUCAAGGCUUUUGGUUUUCUAGUAGCCCAAAAGUGCAACAAAGCCGAGGUGGCCACUGGGAAAGCGAAGGAGUGAUUCUCUGAAGGAUUCCUGGAGACAUAAGCAGUGUUGUCACGCUUAAACGUGGUGACAGCUAAAUCUGACCCACACAAUUGGAGAAAGCUUGUAAAUAUGUUGUCAAGUCUUUCAGGGUUGCUGUAUGUUUUCCGGGCUGUAUGGCCAUGUUCUAGAAGUAUUCUCUCCUGAUGUUUCGCCCACAUCUGUGGCAGGCAUCUUCGGAGGUUGUGAGGUAUGGAGAAACUAAGCAAGGAAGGUUUAUAUGUACAGUAGAGUCUCACUUAUCCAAGCUAAACGGGCCGGCAGAAGCCUGGAUAAGCGAAUAUCUUGGAGAAUAAGGAGGGAUUAAGGAAAAGCCUAUUAAACAUCAAAUUAGGUUAUGAUUUUACAAAUGAAGCACCAAAACAUCAUAUUAUACAACAAAUUUGACAGAAAAAGUAGUUCAAUGCGCAGUAAGGCUAUGUAGUAAUUACUGUAUUUACAAAUUUAGCACCAAAAUAUCAUGAUAUGUUGAAAACAUUGACUACAAAAAUGGCUUGGAUUAUCCAGAAGCUUGGAUAAGUGAGACUCUACUGUAUAUCUGUGGAAAGUACAGGGUGAGAGAAGAACUCUUUGUCAGUUGGAGGCCAGUGUGAAUGUUGUCGUUAAUCACCUUGAUUAGCAUUGAAUAGCUUCAUCUCCUGGCUUCUUCCUGCCUGGGGGCAUCCUUUGUUCAGAGUCAUUAGCUGCCCCUGGUUGAUUCAUGUCUGGAACUCCUCUGUUUUCAGAGUGUUGCUUCUUAUUUACUGUUCUGAUUUUUGAGUUUUUUUAAAACAAAGGACGCCCCCCAGGCUGGAAGAAGCCAGGAGAUGAAGCUAUUCAAUGCUUCAUCUCUGGGUUGUGGUGCAGACUGGUGAGCAGCCUGCUGCAAUAAAUCACUCUGACCAUGAGGUCAUGAGUUCGUGGCGGGGUGAGCACCCGUCAAUUAAAAAAAAAUAAAAAAAUAGCCCCUGCUUGUUGCUGACCUAGCAACCCAAAGGAUAGUUGCAUCUAUCAAGUAGGAAAUAAGGUACCACUUAUAAAAGUGGGGAGGCAAAUUUAACUAAUUUACGAUGUUGGAAUGAGGAAGUGCCGUCACAGUGGAUGAUGAAGCAGCUGCUCCCCCUUGUGGCCAGAAUCGAACAUCCCCUCAAGAGAAGGUUAAAUUGCCUCUGGGUCUGUCUCUGUCUCAGUUCUAUGUGUAUUUGGGCAUUGAAUGUUUGCCCUAUAUGUAUAUAAUGUGAUCCGCCCUGAGAAGGGUGGAACAGAAAUACUGUAAAUAAAUAAAUAAUAAACAAUCAAGGUGAUUAACUACAACAUUCACACUGGCCUCCAACUGACAAAGAAUUCUUCUCUCAUUCUGGACUUUCCACAGAUAUAUAUAAACCUUCCUUGCUUAGUUUCUCCAUACCUCACAACCUCUGAGGAUGCCUGCCACAGAUGUGGGUGAAACGCCAGGAGAGAAUAUUUCUGGAACAUGGCCAGACAACCCGGAAAACAUACAACAACCCAAUGCUUUUUCAAAUAAGCUGGGCAUCACCGAGUCCCCAAGCUAGUAUAAUAUAUUAACGGGGGUUUUUUGCUUCAAAAAAAGCUAGCAUGGAAAGUUGGGAUUCUGUGCCUUUAUUUUGAUUUGAUUGAUAUCCCUUCUUUUCCCCAAAGCAGCUUGCAAAACAAAUUGAAAUUGAGAGAUCCACAAAGGGUUUACACCAAGUUAUUUUAGUUUGUCUCCCCUUCGUGGUUUUUGCUGCCCUGAAAUAAAGCUAACUCCUCUCUGUUCCUAAUCCAUUCAUAUUAAAAGCCAACCAGUUCUAGUUCUCAAAAAAACGCUGUUUGCUUCUGCACUUAUCAGACAACGUGACUCAUAUUUCACUAAUAAAAUGUUGCUCAAAACACUCCAUUUGAAAUCCUUGAAAACACAAUCUGUCCAAAAAAAACAACAACUCAAAAGAGCCACAACGAGAGAUGGAAACAUAGCAUUGGGAAGCUCACCUUGCAUCCUUGGUUUCCAUCUUUGCUUGGUGAUACCUUUGGUCAUCCAAGAACAAUGUUUUUCCAAUAGGAAUAUUUGGCAUCAGUAUGAAGCAAAGCGCAGCGUUGCCAGUGCAAUUUGUUGUUGAACUUUUGCUAUAAUUUAUUUUAUUUAUUACAGCAUUUCUACCCCGCCCUUCUCACCCAGUACGUGGACUCAGGGCGGCUUACAAUAUAAAACACAUAUAAUAAUAUUUCAACUCGAUUUAAAAUUAAAUUACAUUAAAAACAUUCAUAAACACACAUAUAAAUACAGUAGAGUCUCACUUAUCCAAGCCUCGCUUAUCCAAGCUUCUGGAUAAUCCAAGCCAUUUUUGUAGUCAAUGUUUUCAAUAUACAGUAGAGUCUCACUUAUCCAACACUCGCUUAUCCAACAUUCUGGAUUAUCCAAUGCAUUUUUGUAGUCAAUGUUUUCAAUAUAUCAUGAUAUUUUGGUGCGAAAUUCGUAAAUACAGUAAUUACUACGUAGCAUUACUGCGUAUUGAACUACUUUUUCUGCCAGAUUUGUUGUAUAACAUGAUGUUUUGGUGCUUAAUUUGUAAAAUCAUAACUUAAUUUGAUGUUUAAUAGGCUUCUCCUUAAUCUCUCCUUAUUAUCCAACAUAUUGGCUUAUCCAACAUUCUGCCGGCCCGUUUAUGUUGGAUAAGUGAGACUCUACUGUAUCAUGAUAUUUUGGUGCUAAAUUCGUAAAUACAGUAAUUACAACAUAACAUUACUGCGGAUUGAACUACUUUUUCUGACAAAUUUGUUGUAUAACAUGAUGUUUUGGCGCUUAAUUUGUAAAAUCAUAACCUAAUUUGAUGUUUAAUAGGCUUUUCCUUAAUCCCUCCUUAUUAUCCAAGAUAUUCGCUUAUCCAAGCUUCUGCCGGCCCAUUUAGCUUGGAUAAGUGAGACUCUACUGUAUUUGGCAUCAGAAUGAAGCAAAGCGCAGCAUUGCAAGUGCAAUUUGUUGUUGACCUUUUGCUAUAAUUUAUUUUAUUUAUUACAGCAUUUCUACCCCACCCUUCUCACCCAGUACGUGGACUCAGGGCGGCUUACAAUAUAAAACACAUAUAUAACAGUUACAAUAAUAUUUCAACUUGAUUUAAAAUUAAAUUACAUUAAAAACAUUCAUAAAUACACAUAUAAAUAGGUAUUUAGGCGCUUUAUAAUGUUAAGAUCCCAUGCUUAAGCCUUGCCAAGUUUCUAUGCUUGUGAUGUUCUUCCAUGAAUGGUUGCAAUAUACAUACAUGUAAUCCAUGUUGACGAAUAUAGAUAUGUUGCACAUGCUGUGGCAUAGUAUUAUAUACAAAUGCAUGUUUAAGUUUAUUAGGAUCCUACAUGUUGUUUAGUUAAUAGGUAAAUAUAUAAUGGGAGUUGGCCAGCAAAGGGUGGUAGAGGUGUUCAAUGUGUUGUCGAAGGCUUUCAUGGCCGGGAUCACAGGGUUGUUGUGUGUUGUGAGGUAUAAACCUCACAACCUCUGAGGAUGCCUGCCAUAGAUGUGGGCGAAACGUCAGGAGAGAAUGCUUCUGGAACAUGGCCAGGACAACAACCCUAGAGGGUGGCAGAAUCUCCUUUAGAGAUGUCAUGUUUUGAACCACCCAAGGUCUUUCUCACUGGAAGGGUAGAACUGUGGGAAUGAGAUAAUGUUUGGAUUGUUUGACAAAGAGAAGAAAAGACUGCGAAAAAUACAAUGCCUAUUACAGUCUGACAAAUAGUGAAACAGCCUACGAAAUGUUUAGAAGGUGGUCGGUUUGAUAAUAAGCAUGAUGUAGUAGCGAUUUCUUGAUCUUUAUCAAUAAAGCUUAUCUCCAGUGA